GUCUCACGCGUGCCGUCGCCAUCCUGAUCGACGUUCCCGGCCGUUCCACAUCGUCGAGGCGACGUCGACCCUGCUGUGUCGAUCUCCACCGGCCAGUACGCGCGCAGUUUCUGGCAUUGGUUUUUGAGGGCGUGACCAAGCUCAUUUGAACAUUCUGGUGCAGAAAGGCCCUAGAAUGCAAUGGAAGGGGGUGGUGCUGUAGCAGAUAAGGCUGAAUUCAAGGACUGUCUACGCCUAACUUGGAGCCAGCCUUUUAUUCUUCGACUUGUUUUUUCUGCUGGAAUCGGGGGUCUUCUUUUUGGUUAUGAUACUGGUGUCAUAUCUGGAGCACUUCUGUUCAUUCGAGAUGAUUUCAUUGUGUUGGAAAAGAACACUGCUCUAAGGGAAACAAUAGUGAGUAUGGCUGUAGCUGGAGCUAUUGUUGGAGCUGGACUCGGUGGCUGGAUGAAUGACAGAUUUGGAAGGAGGCCUUCCAUCCUAAUCGCCGAUGCUCUGUUCUUUGCAGGUGCCAUGAUCAUGGCCUUUGCCCCGACACCCACAGUUAUUAUUGUGGGGAGGGUCUUUGUCGGUCUUGGGGUCGGAAUGGCUUCCAUGACAGCACCUCUCUACAUCUCUGAAGCAUCCCCAGCUAAAAUAAGAGGCGCGCUGGUGAGCACAAAUGGCCUUCUCAUCACUGGAGGGCAGUUCAUGGCAUACCUUAUCAAUCUGGCGUUCACCAAGGUGCCUGGAACCUGGAGGUGGAUGCUUGGCAUUGCAGGAAUCCCUGCUCUUCUUCAGUUCAUACUAAUGUUGACACUGCCAGAAUCACCAAGAUGGUUAUACAGAAAGGAUAGGAAAGAGGAAACCGCAGCCAUCCUGCGGAAGAUUUACCCCGCAAACGAGGUCGAACAAGAGAUCGAAUCCCUGCGUAAAUCGAUCGACGACGAGAUACUCCUGGAGGGGUCCAUCGGCGGCGACCAGGGCAUGUUGGGCAAGCUGAAGAAGGCGUUCGGAAGCAAGGUCGUCCGCCGCGGUCUCAUGGCGGGCGUCAUCGCGCAGGUCGCCCAGCAGCUGGUGGGCAUCAACACGGUCAUGUACUACAGCCCGACGAUCGUGCAGCUUGCGGGCUUCGCGUCCAACGACACGGCCAUGGCGCUCUCCCUCAUCACCUCGGGGCUCAACGCCGUGGGCUCCAUCGUGAGCAUGUUCUUCGUGGACCGGGCCGGCCGGAGGCGCCUGAUGCUCAUGAGCCUCGUCGGCAUCGUCGUGUGGCUCGCCGUGCUCGGUGGCACGUUCCUCGGCGCCGCCCGCACUGCGCCGCCCGUGAGCGAGCUGGAGACGCUGCGUUUCGCCAACGAGACGUGCCCGGAGUACAAACCGCAGCUCCACUGGAGCUGCAUGGACUGCCUCAAGGCCGAAUCCACCUGCGGCUUCUGCGCUGACCAAAGAGACAAGUUUCUUCCGGGCUCGUGCUUGGCACUGAGCAACGUGACGAGGGGGAUGUGCCGUGCCGACAACCGUGAGUUCUACUCGGAAGGGUGCCCGAACAACUUCGGGUGGCUGUCGCUGCUGGCGCUGGGCGCGUACAUCGUCUCCUACUCGCCCGGAAUGGGCACCGUGCCGUGGAUCGUCAACUCGGAGAUCUACCCGCUGCGGUUCAGGGGCGUCUGCGGCGGCAUCGCGGCCGUGGCCAACUGGGUGUCCAACCUCAUCGUGACGCAGACGUUCCUGACGCUCACCGAGGCGCUCGGCACGGCGUCAACCUUCUUCCUCUUCUGCGGCGUCUCCACGCUGGCGCUCGUCGUCGUGUACCUCACCGUGCCGGAGACCAAGGGCCUGCAGUUCGAGGAGGUGGAGAAGAUGCUCGAGAGCAAGGACUACAAGCCCUGGAAGAGGUACCGCCCCCAGCCGGCGAAAAGGCGCGAAGUCGGGCUGGCCGUGCCAUGAGAAAUCUUCAUCCCCACUAAUCGAAUUCUUUGCAGGUUCCAAGUAGAAAUAAUUGACAGAUAUAUAUAUUAGAGCUCUUCUUAUGUUUUAGUGUGUUUUAAUGAAUCUGAAUCUUCGUUUCAGUGCCGGAAUGUGGUUAUUUAA